AUGAAUCGAUUCCGAACCAAGAAGCGAACCAAGGACGACGUGUCCGCCCCUCGUCCCUCUAUCGAGUCCGAAACGGCUGGCCCUUUCAAACUCUUUGGCAAAAAGAAGCUGCCCGAGAACGACUCGAAGCAAGAUUUAAAUCUCGAUGCCGCCCUUCCUUCCAGCGACGACUUCAGAACUAGUCUUCUCAUGACUGGUCUCUCGGCCCGAUUUUCCAUGCUACGAGAGCAAGACGACCCGCAUUCAAAGCUUGGUAAAGCCAGCGAUGAUAGCGUGCUCUUUCCGAAGCGCCAAUCGAGGCUUAUGGAUUUCGGGUAUGCUUCUGGCUUACAUGACAUAUCCGAGAUUGAAUCUCUGCAAGCCGCCUCACUUACUCGUGUCAAUUCAUCACAUGGCUAUGAAGACAAUGAUGCCGUCAACAUCAUGGAUCGGGCUCGACCAAACGACGGAAACAACCUGUUCGGCGGUCGCCAGAAGAUCUACCGCAUUGGUGCUGGCGCCAAGCCCGGAAAUAGCGGUAUGGGUGGCCGCAUUCUGUAUGAUGAGGACGUCGCCAGGUCAGCUUUUCAGAAGUGGAAGCAGUCGGAGAGAGGAAGGACCUCCUUUGAGGAUAGGGUCGAUGACACAUUGGAGUUCGACUCUGCCUUCGACUACAACAAGAAGCGCGCCACCAACUCAACAACAUCAUCUGCUGCGUCCAUUGGACGCUAUUCUACUGCAGCCACCUCCAUUGCGUCGCAAGUACCGUCAACAAAGGAUGGCCAUAACGCAAUCCCAUCAUCAGCGAGCAGCGUGGAGCGGAGUUUCACACGCACCAGGCGGCUAUACGAGCAAGGCUUGACGCAGGACCUACAGAACCAACAAUCCUCUGCUCUCUCCCGCAUAGACACGCUCUCCAAGUCUCACCGCAAUAAAGCCUCCCCGGAUGUUAUGCCGGUUCCCUCCCCAACAACUACGACCUUUGGCGAUCGCGUCAUGGAGAGACGUACAAUUUUGACCAAGGGAAGCGCACCUAAUCUGCGGUCUUUUACACCACCCAUCUCUGCCACCUCUCCUCAGCCACCAGCCGAACCUGUACCCAAAUUUACAACAGAGCAUAGACCCAACUUCGGUGUCAGCCCGCCUUUGAGUCCGCCCAUUAGCGAGGCAGACGACCAUCACCCAAUGCUGCCCAUUCAACCCAAUGAUAGGGGAAAAGCAACCGCUAUGGGUGUCUUCAACAGACCUGUCCAACAAUACGACGACUCUAAAUUUGCGCAACGCCAGCAGCAAAUGCGCAAAGGACGGGAUGCGUCGGAUACCCGGAGUCAGCCCGGCGGACGAUCCUCCCACGAUACCAGCCGAUCCCGCUCAUCGUCGAUGCAGCGAAGCCUCCGCGACCGUAUAGACGCUACUCCGAGCAAGUCUGAUCGUUUCGCCAAGAAGGAUUACCAGUCAACCUCAUUCUUUGACGAGAGCGAAGAUGUUUCUGGCCCCCACGGCUACUCUAGCUUUGCUACCUCGUUGGGCGCUCAGCUUAGUGUUGAACGCCCAAAUGACGAAGACCACCCCGCGUUCCGGAAGUCAGCCCUCCCAACUCCGCUUUCGUUAUCAUCCAGAGCAUCUGAUGAUAACUCAUCCGUGGAUGAUAAGGUUGACCUUAGCUCACGUCUGGCAGAUGAUCCCCCUGAGGACUCACCUACUCUGGGACCCGGAGUAAACACUGGACUGAGUGGGAUGGUUCGACACCAUCUCCGCAGUGAUAGUAAUACUUCCUCUAUAUAUGACAUGACUACCCAUACGCCGGACUUCAGUUUUCGUCAACAGUCUGGAACACCAGACUCCAAGCAACAGGGCUACCAUGGUCGCAAUACUAGCUGGGGACUUAGUGACAACGAGUUUGCAACGGAUAACGGCACGUGGACGCCAACUGCAAACCAUACUAAACCUGCAACCCGUGGGGAACAGGAUGAGUUCGCCAGACAUCUGGCAGAUGGGGCUCGACGAGUUCGCGAGAAACUGACGUCCUAUACUGAACCUGAUAAUGAACAGUCGUCGCCACCCAUGCCGCCCCCCGAGUCAGCCAAGGAGCUGGCUAGUGCCAGAAGCAAUGCACUUGGCAUCCUUCGCACCAAAUCAAGCCGGACGUCUCUAUUUGACCGUGGCCGUGACCGGGAUAGUGAUACUCGAUCAAAGAGUGGGAAAUCUCCUGCGCCUUCGAUUCGAAAGACAUCCGGUGAAGCCUCUCAGGAGGAACCUCCUGUACCGCUGCCCAAGGACGAGAACGUGCACGCUGGUUUAAAAGCUUUCCGCCAGGCCAGAAGAGAGCUUCAGAAGAUGAAGGAAAUGGAAAUCCAGCAGCGACAUGGCGGCUCCCCCCAAAAGCCCAGCCCGCGAGUCGACCAAACAGCAGCCCAGCGAACAUUCUCCCAGGACUCGUCCGCGUCUCCACCGCGGUACCAGCAAGCUUCACUCCCAGGGACGGGCCAAGCAGCUCCAGACAGAGAUCGCAGCGGCUCGGAAAGCAGCCGCGAUGGCCAUGGGCAACAAAGGCGAACGCUACCCCGUGGUAUCUCUACAUCGAGUGAUACCCGCUCCAUGAUGCCUUCGCAUCCCAACAGCCAGUUCUCGACGAUGAACAGGAAGCGAGACAUCUCCGAGCCUACAUACCUGCCUGAUACACGAUUUAAUCCGUCGAGUCUCCCCGGGGCCACGGUUUCAACUCCUAAUCUGCACGCUCCUCUCGGCGCGCCUCCACUGCCGCCUAUCAAUCCUCGUCGAAAGAACGGCCCGACUGGUCAUUAUCACCGCGGCGAGCUACGAGCGACCAAAACGCUGAACGUUCUCGCCACUACCCCCCUGCGCCCACUCACCGACCUCCCCUCCCCCAUGCCAACAUGUCGAGCAACAGCCUACCAGGAGGCAUGA